ACUUGCAAAUAAAAACAACACACACUCCACUAGCAACCUCACCUACAGCUUGCAAGUAAGAAAGAGCCAUGGUAGAAAGAUAAAAAGCAACCCAACUCAAAAAAUUCCAAAAAAUAAAACAAAGCUGACCCAUUUGAGAAUUACCAUUUCUCUACAAAACCCACAAAGAUUUAACCUCGAGGUGCAGUAAUUUCAUGUUGGUGGUCAAUUCCGGUGGCGCCGCCGCCGGAAAUGAGAGUUUUGCUGGCUCAGAUUCAGCUGGUGGCGAUGAGGGUGACCGGAACUCAGCCGGUAACCGGUGGCCUCGUGAGGAGACUCUUGUGUUGUUGCAAGUCAGACAGAGUAUGGAUGAAGCUUUUAGAGACUCUAAUCUUAAAGCUCCUCUUUGGGAUGAAGUUUCUAGAAAAUUAGGCGAGUAUGGGUACACUAGGAGCGCAAAGAAGUGCAAAGAGAAGUUUGAGAACAUUUAUAAAUAUCACAGGAGAACGAAAGAGGGUAAAUCUGGUAGACAGGAUGGUAAAAAUUACCGAUAUUAUGAGCAGCUUGAGAUAUUCGACAAUCAAUCCUCGUAUCCAAUAAACCAAGACAAACAAACAUAUUCAAUGGAUGGAACAACGUCUAUGCCUAAACCCACAAGUAGUUCUGUUAUGAUGGCAAAACCUGUAAAUCAGGUACCUCAUGGUGAUACCCACAUUCCAAGUUUUGAGCUCAUGGACACAUCCACGUCUACCUCUUCAUCUUCUGGGGGAGGGCAUCCGAAGAAAAAGAGAAAAUUAAUGGAAUAUUUCAAUGGAUUGAUGAAGCAAGUUUUGGAGAGGCAAGAGAACUUACAGAAGAAGUUCAUAGAAGCAAUUGAAAAGCUUGAGAAAGAUCGUAUCAGUAGAGAAGAAGAGUGGAGGGCACAACAAUUAGCUACAAAGAAAAGAGAACAAGGACUUCUUGCCCAUGAACGCUCCUCUUCUGCAGCAAAAGAUGCUGCUAUUCUUUCUUUCUUGCAAAAGAUUUCAGAGCAAUCACCUCCUUUGCAGUUACCCAUAAAUUCAGCUCCAUUGGAAAAAAUUCUAAGUAUGCCGCAACCACAAUACAGUACUCGUGAGAGUUCACCAGUCACAAAGAGUAUCGUCCAUUAUUCUCCUGGUUUUCCUUCUUCCCGGUGGCCAAAAGCUGAAGUGGAAGCUUUAAUUACAGUAAGGGAAAAUUUGGAUAUGCAAUAUCAUGAUAGUGGAUCAAAGGGAUCGGUGUGGGAGGAGGUUUCGUCUGCCAUGACGAGGCUUGGUUAUGAUAGAAGCUCCAAGAGAUGCAAGGAAAAAUGGGAGAACAUUAAUAAGUAUUACAGGAGAGUGAAAGAAAGUAAUAAGAAACGCCGUCAAGAUUCAAAAACAUGCCCUUACUUUGAGAUGCUGGAGUCGCUAUACGAAAAGAGGUCAAAAAGGUUCGACCCUAGUACUUCAAGUAGCUCCGGUUGUAACUUGAAGCCAGAGGACAUAUUGAUGCAAAUGAUAGGCCAUCAGCGUGAACAAGUGAUACUAGAUUCAGCGCGAACAGAUAUCGGUGAAAGUGAGAAUGUUGAAAGGACUCCAGAAGAUGGUGCAGAUGAUGAUGAUGUUGAUGAUGAUGAUGGUGAUGAUGAAAUGGAUGAUGAGUAUCAUGUUGUUACUAACAAGAAUCCUGCAGAGGCAAUCGUGUAGCAAUGAGGCUGAAUGUUUUUUGUUGAGACUGAAGUGAAUGUGCAACAAUAUGACAAGUGCUCAAUUGUCAUAAGGUUGUAGGGGCCGAUGACAAUGGGUUUUGUUUUAGUGUAUGGGUACCAAGUCAAAGAAAACUCUAAUGGAAGCCGAGACCGGGAAGUAAUAUCAUGUAGUUUUUUUGUUCCGUACUCUUUAUCAGUUUUUGGUUUGAUAUAUGUGAGAGACCAUUAUGUUGUAAGGUUGUAAUGGUGUAAUUUUGAAAGUCCUGCCAUUGUGUUGUAUCUGUAGAUGUUUUAGUAAUGAUUUACUUUCUAGCGA